AUGGAACAGGACGACGCGCCUGCAGUCGAUGUAGCCCCUCUGUCCCGAGGGAAGGGAGAGCGCCCUUACCCCUGCAGCGAAUGUGGGAAGGCAUUCAGCCAGUGGUCCAAACUAGUGCGCCACAGGCGUAUCCACACAGGCGAGCGUCCCAACACAUGUACAGACUGCGGAAAGUCCUUUACUCAGAGCUCCCACCUGGUUCAGCACCGACGGACGCACACCGGCGAAAAGCCUUACGUCUGCCAGGACUGUGGCAAGGCCUUUUCCUGGAGCUCCAACCUGGCCCAGCAUCAGCGCACCCACACCGGGGAGAAGCCGUACGUCUGCCGGGAAUGCGGCAAGGCGUUCUCGCAGAGCACCAACCUCAUCAAGCAUCAACGCAGCCACACCGGCGAGAAGCCCUACCGUUGUCCCGAGUGCCCCAAAAGCUUCUACCGCUCCUCCGAUCUCAUUCAACACCAGAUCACGCACACCGGUGAACGCCCCUUCAAGUGUGAAGAGUGCGGGAAAGGAUUCACCCAGAGCGCCAAUCUGGUCAAACAUCGCAAGAUCCACGCCGGAGAGAAACCUUUCCGUUGCAACGACUGCGGCAAGACCUUCAUCCAGAGCUCGGAGCUUAUCCAGCACCAGCGGACCCACUCGGGGGAGAAGCCCUACCAGUGCCAGGAAUGCGGCAAACGCUUUGGCCACGGUGCCACCCUGGUCAAGCACCAGCGGCUUCACAUGGGGGUGGAGCCCUAUCGCUGUGCAGACUGUGGGAAAACCUUUGGACUCAGCUCUGCACUGGAGCGCCACCGGCGGUGCCACAGCGAAAGCCGCCCAUAUGCUUGCGGGGAAUGCGGUCAGAGUUUCUCCUUAGCCUCCAAUCUUACGUUGCACUCUCGUAUACACCGGGGCGAGAAGCCCUAUCGCUGUGCCGAUUGCGGGAAGUGCUUUGGCAUGAGCUCCACCCUCAUCCGCCACCAGCGCAUCCACACGGGGGAGAAGCCGUACGCGUGUUUGGACUGUGGGAAGGCCUUUGUCCGCAGCUCGCACCUCACCCAGCACCGCCGAACGCACACAGGCGAGCGGCCGUACCAUUGCGAGGAAUGCGGCCGGCGUUUCUCCCAAAGCUCCAACCUCAUCACCCACCAGCGCAUCCACAUGGAGGAACGGCCCCACGUGUGCCAUGGCUGCGGGCAGCGCUUUGCCCUGGAGGAGGAACUGCAGCGCCACCAGCAGGAAGAGAGUGGGAAGUGCAAGGAGAAAAGAGAUGCCAAAGAACCAGACAGCAGUGUUUCCCCCGUGGAGGACUUGUAUGUCAGCAGCUCUGAGGAGGAUGCGCACAUGCAAACACUUUCUCAGGACAGCAGCGCAACGUGCGCCACAUGCCGUCUGGAUUGCAAAGAUGCUGGAGGAGUGGAGCAGCAUCAGAGCCGCCAUGCUGUUCACCUUUGUAAUAUUUGCGGGCAGAGCUUCCAAGAUGCGGAAGUGUUAGCGCAGCACGAAGAGAGCCACACUUCUUACAUCUGCACCGAGUGUGGGAGGAGCUUUGAGGAUGCUGGAACCUUGGCUUGCCAUCAGGAGGACCACGAAUCUUGGAUAUGUGGCACAUGUGGGCAGGAGUGCAGGGACCGUGUGGCUCUGGUUGAGCAUGAAGAAGCCCAUUCGCUGGCAAUCAGUAGGGCGUGUAGGGCAAAAUUGGUCGACCGCAAGAGGGAUGGGCAGCAUGAAAGAAGCAGGAAGGGCAAGGAAAAUGUGAAACGUUCAUUGGUCCAAGGAUCCCUCAAAGCCUUGCCAUGCAUCAAUUCCAAGGUUGCAGGGAAUCUUCCCAUGGAACCAGAGGAAGCACAGGGAGCUUGGGUCCGUCUUGAAUGUGGAAAAAGCUGCAAGGACAUUUCAAUCCUAGGGAGUCAUCAGCAGAGUCACAGGGGACCUCUUGUCUGCUCUGAACAUGGGCAUGGUGAGCUCACCCCCAGGCAGGGGAAAUUGUACCAGUGUUCUGAGUGUGAGCAGGAUUUUGGAGAUCUGUUGGCCCUGACUUGCCACCAGAGGGAGCAGAAGUGUGGGAAGCUGGAUCAGUGUGUGGAGUGUGGUCAGGCCUUGGGGGACACCUCAGCCCAGACGCUCCACCAGGAGAGGCAGCUGGGGGACAAAGCACACGAGUGUCUUCAACCCAAAGAAACUUCUAGUCCUGAAUUAGAUGUCGCUGUGCGUCAGAAGAAUUGGACUGAGGAGUCUUCUGAUGCAGCUCUUACUGAGCCUCAGGAAGUCUUCCCAGAAGAAGAGACUUCCAAAGGAAGUGCUCUCUCUAGGGUCAAUCAGGGAAAACCACUGGAAGGUCAGCUGUUCUGUGGCUCCUCAGGAACCAACCAGGAUGACAACACUUCCAACAACAAACCUCAGAGAAUCCCCAUGGGACCUUCUGGUGGGCUGCUAGAGAGCCAUUCAUCUCCUUCCUUACAAGAAGACGAGUCCUGCUUGAAGCCACAGGAGGGCUGUAGAUCCAAGAGUCCCUUAGAUGUUUCUUCUUUCAAAGAAAGCUCUAUCCAUGCUCGGAUCCCUCAAAGGACUAGCCUCCUAGACAAGUCUUCUCCGGUAUCCACAGAAAUGACCGCCCUCAUCCAGCAGCUGAGCACCAAACCCUACAAGUGUCAUGAGUGCGAGCAGAGUUUUGCCACUGCGGCCGAGUUGUCUCAUCACCAGGUCGGCCACGUGAAGGAAUGUUUGCUGAAGGGCCCUGAAUGUGGGCAGGGCUUCCCAGAAAGGUGGGCUCUGAUCCAGCACCAGAUGGACCACACGGUGGAGAAAGACAGAGGGGCCCAUAAUCCACCAUCCCCAAAACAGAAUUGUAGCAAAGACAGGGAGAACCCACAACUUGGGGAGAAUUUCACAGGGAUCUCAGCUAUCCUUUUGCAGAGAGGGAACUAUAUCUCUGAAAGGAGCACGUUGCUACGACCCAAAGACCCUGGAGUGGAUGGGGAGCAAACCUUGGCUGAUGCCUUAGAGACCACAGAAUCCUACUUCAAUCUUGACUUGGGUAAAUCUCCCUGCUCUGGGGGUGUGUUUGCCCAGCACCACAUACGACCAGAUAAAGGCAGGUACUUUGUGCGUUCUGAGCCCAGGAAGAUUUCCAGAAACAGUUCGCUUUUGCUGCAUCAUCUCCAGAACCACACGGUGGAGAAACCUUGA